GGUAUCGAGGUUACAGAGCUCGAUUGAAGGCCAGAGAGUAUUGUGCCCUUGCCGUAUUCCAGUCCCUUGAAUAUGCUGAUGAACAACGGCAAAUGCAGUUAUCGAGUAUCUUUUCCUUCAUGUUGGAAAAUUAUACACCUAUAUAUAAAGAAAAUAGAGUAUUAGCAGAUCAACAUAUUGAAAACAACUUCCGGGAAUUUCAGGACAGACAAUACAAUGUGGAGAUGGUACAAGUUCCCCAGUCCUACAAUGGUCCUCGGCUAAAAUUUCCUUUCACUUUUAGUGAUAUUGAUGUACUUAUUAGGGCCUACAAAAACCAACAGGUACUCCAUGCCCACUAUGUCUUAGAGGUGCUAUUUGAAACCAAGAAAGCCCUGAAGAAAAUGCCGAAUUUGACAUAUACCAACUCUUCUCCCUUCAAAGACAUAACAAUAUGUGGUGAUUUGCAUGGACACCUAGAUGAUCUUUUAUUGGUCUUCCAUAAGAAUGGUCUUCCUUCAGAAACCAACUCUUAUGUAUUUAAUGGUGACUUUGUAGAUCGAGGAAAAAAUUCUAUAGAGAUCCUAAUGAUCCUAUUUGUGAGCUUUCUUGUCUACCCUAAUAAUAUGCACUUGAACAGAGGAAACCAUGAAGAUUUUAUGAUGAAUAUAAGAUAUGGUUUCUCAAAAGAAGUCUUACAUAAAUACAAGGUACACGGAAGAAAAAUUUUGGAAGUCUUGGAAGAAGUUUACAGUUGGCUCCCAGUGGGUACAAUUAUUGACAAACAAAUUCUUGUCGUACAUGGUGGGAUAUCAGAGUCCACAGACUUGAAUUUACUCAACCGAAUACAAAGAAGCAAACUAAAAUCUGUUCUGAUGCCCCCACUGGGAGCAAGCAGAAACCGAUUGACUAACUUGACUGAUUCAGACGAAGAAGCUACUACCUCAGGGAGCACCAUUUCCCCGCCUGAUUUGUUACCAAGGCAAGAAUGGGAACAGAUUAUUGACCUUCUGUGGAGUGAUCCCAAAGGCAAGAAUGGUUGUUAUCCAAACACAAGUCGAGGAGGGGGCUGCUACUUUGGACCAGAUGUUACUGCCAAAUUUCUUAAUAAAUACCACUUGAAGAUGAUCAUUAGAUCUCAUGAGUGCAAGCCUGAUGGGUAUGAUAUCUGCCAUGAUGGAAAGGUAAUUACAGUUUUCUCUGCCUCUAAUUAUUAUGAAGACAGUAGCAACCGGGGAGCUUACAUCAAACUGGCUUAUGGCAUGAUGCUUCGAUUUUUCCAAUACCGAGUAGCUGGGGCAUCAUGUCUAAUCCAUCUUUCCCAAAGGAUUCAUACUUUGGAAAGAAAUGCCAUCCGGAUAUUAAAAGCAAAAAUAAUUUCACGAAGAUCUGACCUCAUAUCUGCCUUCUAUCUUCGAGACUACAGUAAAUCAGGAAAAAUUUCAGUAGCCCAGUGGGCUUUUACUGUGGAAAACACUUUGGGGUUGAACUUGCCUUGGAGAGCUCUUAGUCCACAUCUGGUGAAUAUAGACAGCGAUGGAAAUGUUGACUACAUGUCUUGCUUUGAGGAUGUCAAAAUCGAAAAUUCUCCGGAAAAAAUGAAAACGCCUCUAAUUGAAACUAUGUACAGGUACCGAUCUGAUCUGAAACUAAUAUUCAAUCUCAUUCAUUGCGAUCACUCAGGCCUAAUCUCCAUGAAAACAUUUUUGGCCAUGUGGAAAAUUUUCAGUUCUCACUACAGUGUUUGUAUUGAUGACUUUCAAGUUGAUGAGCUUGCCAACACAAUGGAUUUAAAUGAAUUUUUUAAGACGUUCUAUGUAGUGCAUAAACAUGACAAGUUGAAUACAUAA